UGGGCGGGCGGGGCGGGGCGGGGCGGUGCAGGGAAGAUGGCGGCGGCGGCGGGCCGGUGGCGGGCCGGGCUGGCGCUGCUGGCCGUGGCGCUGGGGCUGGGCGGGCCGCGGGCCGAGCAGACGGAGGAGCACCUCAAGCGGGAGCAUUCGCUCUCCAAACCGUACCAGGGUGUGGGCUCGGCCAGCUCGGGGCUGUGGGACCUGCUGGGCAACGCCAUGGUCAUGACCCAGUACAUCCGCCUCACCCCCGACGUGCAGAGCAAGCAGGGAGCCGUCUGGAACCGAGUGCCGUGUUACCUGCGAGACUGGGAGAUGCAGGUGCAUUUUAAAAUCCACGGCCAAGGCAAGAAAAACCUGAACGGAGACGGUUUUGCCAUCUGGUACACCAAGGAUCGCAUGCAGCCGGGACCUGUCUUCGGAAGCAAGGAUAACUUCCUGGGCUUGGGAGUGUUCGUGGACACCUACCCAAACGAGGAGAAGCAGCAGGAGGCUCAGAAGAGGAGGUACAGCCCGGGAAAUCAGCGCGUCUUCCCUUACAUCUCGGCCAUGGUGAACAACGGCUCCCUCACCUACGACCACGACCGGGACGGGAGACCGACGGAGCUGGGGGGCUGCACGGCCAUGGUGCGCAACCUCAACCACGACACCUUCCUGGUGAUCCGCUACGUGAAGAGGAGACUGACGGUGUUGAUCGAUAUCGACGGUAAGCACGAGUGGAGAGACUGCAUCGACGUGCCGGGCGUGCGCUUGCCUCGCGGGUAUUACUUUGGGACCUCUUCUGUCACCGGCGACCUGUCAGACAACCACGACAUCAUUUCGCUGAAGCUUUACCAGUUGACGGUGGAGCGGACGCCGGAGGAGGAGAAGCGGGACCGAGAGGUGUAUCUGCCGGUCGUGGACAACCUGAAGCUGCCGGGAAUGGAGGCGCCGCUGGAGCCCAUGAGCGGCCUGGCUCUCUUCUUAAUCGUUUUCUUCUCCCUCGUUGCCAUCGUUUUCGCCAUCGUCAUCGGAGUCAUCGUCUACAACAAGUGGCAGGAGCAGAGCCGGAAACACUUCUAUUGACUUGGGAACCGCACCCCCCCUCAUCCCCCCCCGCCCCCCCCCCCGCCGGGGAUGGCCCAUUGCUAGUCCUUGCUAGCCACGUCCCGACUCCCACCCAUCCUAGACUGGCCAGAGCGUGAUGGACCGACCCUCACGGCAGGGACCCUCGUGUCCCCCCUGAAAUCCCCAGCGGGAACGGCUGCAGCUUCUUACUGGGCUCCAGAACUCUCACGCUGCUGCCGGGGGAGUGUUCGGUGGGGGCGGGGGGGGGAUCCCCAGCGUGGCGUCCGACGGACUGGGAGCCGAGCGCCGCGGGGCCGGACCGAAGGAGCUUCGCUUUGCGAGUUGUUCAGGAGGACGGGGCUGUGCCGCGGGGGCGCCGGGGAUGCUGAGCCGUCUCGCUGCCGUACUGGGAGCCCCGACGCCGACAGAAGACGCCAGCUCGGCUGUGAAAUCCGUCUGAGAGGGAUGCUAGCGAGCGCCUGCUUUCCUCUCCGCACCCUUACGAUAACCCUUUGCGGCGUUACCGUAACCCUCGCAAACCUUUCGGCUCAAACCGUUUCGUAUCCAGGAGGGAUUUUCCAAGCUGUUCAUCCCGCUCCGGCUGCUUUCCCAUCUAUCUGUCUUUGGAGACCGGGCUGCUUUUCUUCGUACUUUGGAUUCCCCCCGCUGCCGUGCGACCCCUCUCUGUCCCGCAGGACGCCGAGGUUUGGUUUUUUGUUGUUUUUUUUUUUUAUUUUUGGGGCAGGGGAUGCUCACGGUUUUUCCCCGGUGGUGAGGCAGGUCGAGCUGGGAACCUGCCUGGCUGCCGGGCUCCCCCCCUUGGGGACCAACCGUUCCCCCUUUUGGGGACAAAGCCCCCUCCUCGCUGCGGGGUGUAGCGCUGGCUUCCCUAUUUUUUUUAUUUUUUUUAUUUUUUUAUUUUUAAGAACAAUUUGCUGCUGCGUCUGGGGGCUCGGCCCCUCUCCCCGCUCCGUAGGGUUGACGCCGAGCACGCUGCCGCCUCCGCGCGCCUCCCGUCCCGCACCCGUGCCGUUUUUGCGUGUCGUGUCGUGGCUUCUGGCAGGUUUUUUUUGUGUUUUUUUUUUUUUUUUUUUUUGCACCCCCCCACCCUCCCCGCCUCGGUGCUCGCUGCAUCCCCGGGGCCCCUCCGAGGAGGAGGAGGAGGAGGGAGCUGAGCCUCGCGGGGGCCCUUCCCCAACCUCUCGGAGCCGGAGCUCUCGCUGCCUUUCAGGGAGUCGUAGUUUCUUCCUACCUCAGUGACUGCUUUUGGUCAACGGUUUCUCCGCGUUUCUCUUGCCCGUCGUCACAGCCGCCUUCCCCCCCCCCCCCCCCGGCCGGGGACCCCGUGGGGUGGUGGCACGGGGGGCGCGGGGUCCCCGGCGGGACCCAGGAGAGGGAGAUACGAGGUCAGUUUAUCCCGGGGCCGUUUUAGUGGCUCUGGGGACAUCAAAAUGGCAAAUUUUUGCCACGCCGCCAGCCCCCGGCAUUGGCAGCACCCUCCUCGCCGGUGGCCCGGGGAGCUGUGUCCUUGUCCCGCUGCUUUCCGGAACGCUCGCACCCAGGACGGACCCCCAUGGAGGCGGGGGGGGGUGGUGGUGGGGGGCGUGGUCCCGGCAGUACCCAGGGGACGGGAGGGACACGUGUGGCCGGUGGGGUUUUUCGGCAGGAUGCUGUCACCGGGGUAGGUGGGAGCUUUCUUUUUUUUUUUUUCUUUCCCGAAGUGCCCGAUGGUGGUUGUGGUGUGAAAGGAGAGGGUUUUGUGGGGGUUUUUUUUUUGGGGGGUUUUUUUUUGGUUUUUUUUUUUUUUCCCUCUGGCCUUUUGCCUCUUUGCCUGAAAACCAGGAGCGAAAGGUGCGCGCCUCUCCCUGGAGCUGUAACUGGUGUCUCGGAAUAAACAUCGGUGUGUGUG